AAGAGGAAAGACAAAGAGACGAAGGAAAGAGGGAGGAAGGGGACAAGAAGGAAGGCGUUUCCUCCGCCCACCCUCGCCUCCGCUUCCCGCCGCCACACCACCGCCCCCCGCCCCCUCGUCGCCCCAACCACCCCCACCACACCCCUAAAGAUUCGGCGGGCUCGAUGUCAUCUCUCCUGCAGUAGGACGAUAGGAUGGAGCUCCGAUCGCCGGAACGGUACCUCCGGCAGUACGACGAGGAGUGCGGGGGCAGCGAGGUCCGCUCAUCCAGCGAUGCCUUCGAUAUCCCGGCCAAGAACGCCCCCGUCGAGCGCCUCUGCGGAUGGAGGAUUGGAGGAAAGACAAUAGCUGCUGCUGGUGGUUUUCAAAUUGGAGUGGAGCAGCUCACUGCGAUGAAUAGGGAUCAUAGUUUUUUCGCUCUACAAGAAUAUGGGGGGGUUAAAGGGCUGUCAGAUGUGCUGAAGACCAAUAUUGACAAGGGAAUUAGUGGAGAUGAUGCGGAAUUAUUGCAUAGAAGGAAUACAUUUGGGGCGAACACAUAUCCUCAUAAGAAAGGAAGAAAUUUUUUGGUUUUCAUAUGGGAAGCCUACCAAGAUUUAACCCUUAUUAUCUUGAUGGUAGCUGCAGUUAUAUCUCUGGCACUGGGCAUACAGACAGAGGGUUUACAUGAAGGAUGGUAUGAUGGUGGUAGCAUUGCCUUUGCCGUUAUUGUUGUUGUACUUGUUACAGCUAUCAGCGACUAUAAACAAAAUCUUCAAUUCCAAAAUCUGAACCAGGAGAAGCAGAACAUACAUUUGGAGGUAAUCAGAGGUGGUAGAAGAAUGGAAGUUUCAAUAUUUGAUCUUGUAGUUGGUGAUGUUAUUCCUCUUAAAAUUGGAGAUCAGGUUCCUGCUGAUGGCAUUUUAAUUUCUGGCCAUUCUCUCGCCAUUGAUGAAUCUAGUAUGACCGGAGAAGCCAAGAAUGUUCACAAAGAUCAAAAGGCCCCAUUUUUGAUGUCUGGUUGUAAGGUUGCUGAUGGCUAUGGUACCAUGUUGGUAACCUCUGUCGGAGUCAAUACUGAAUGGGGUCUAUUGAUGGCCAGUAUUUCCGAGGAUAAUGGUGAAGAAACUCCUUUGCAGGUGCGCUUGAAUGGUGUUGCUACUUUCAUUGGUAUAGUUGGCCUGACAGUUGCUGCUGCGGUUCUUGUAGUCCUCCUGGCUAGGCACUUCACUGGGCAUACACAGAAUCCUGAUGGAACUGUUCAAUUUGUAAGGGGACAGACAGGUGUAAGAGAUGCACUAAAUGGAGCCAUUAAGAUCUUCACUGUUGCAAUGACAAUUGUGGUUGUUGCGGUGCCUGAAGGGCUUCCACUGGCUGUGACCCUGACCCUUGCAUACUCAAUGCGAAAGAUGAUGGCAGACAAGGCCCUGGUGCGUAGGCUUUCAGCUUGUGAAACCAUGGGUUCAGCAACAACAAUCUGCAGUGACAAGACUGGAACUCUGACCCUGAAUCAGAUGACUAUUGUAGAAGCAUAUGCUGGUGGAAUGAAGUUAGAUCCUCCAGAUGAUGUUAAACAGUUGCGUAAUAUAUCUCCUCUAUUGAUUGAAGGCCUUGCUCAGAAUACAACUGGUGAUGUGUUUGAACCUGAGGAUGGUGGAGCUAUUGAGGUUUCUGGCUCACCCACUGAAAAGGCCAUCCUUUCUUGGGGGGUUAAGCUGGGAAUGAAGUUCAAUGAUGUGAGAUCGAAAUCGUCAAUCCUUCAUGUCUUUCCUUUCAACUCAGAGAAAAAGCAUGGAGGUGUUGCAGUACAGCUGCCAGACUCUAGGGUUCACAUCCAUUGGAAGGGGGCGGCUGAAUUAGUGUUGGCCUGUUGUUCCAACUGGCUUGCCCUGGAUGGUUCGGUUCAACCAAUGACCUCAAACAAGAUGAAUGAAUUUAAGAAGUCAAUCGAGGCUAUGGCAGCAGUUAGCCUACGCUGUGUUGCGCUUGCAUAUAGACUGUAUGAUCUGGGAAAAGUUCCAAAUGAGGAACAGAGAGACACCUGGGAGUUGCCUGAUGAUGAAUUGAUUCUGCUUGGUAUAGUGGGGAUAAAGGACCCUUGUCGUCCAGGGGUAAUGAAAGCUGUGAAAUUAUGCACCAAAGCAGGUGUCAAGGUACGCAUGGUAACUGGAGACAACAUUAAUACAGCAAAAGCCAUAGCUUUGGAGUGUGGGAUACUUGAUAUGUAUGACAAUGCCACUGAACCAACCAUUAUAGAAGGAAAAGCAUUCCGUGCCUUGUGUGAAACAGAAAGGGAAGAAAUUGCUGAGAGGAUAACUGUAAUGGGAAGGUCUUCUCCCAAUGACAAACUUUUACUUGUCCAAGCAUUAAGAAAAAAAGGUCAUAUAGUUGCUGUGACUGGAGAUGGCACAAACGAUGCUCCUGCAUUGCAAGAGGCAGAUAUAGGUCUUGCAAUGGGAAUUCAGGGGACAGAAGUUGCAAAAGAAAGCUCAGACAUCAUCAUAUUGGAUGAUAAUUUUGCAUCAGUAGUAAAGGUUGUCCGGUGGGGCCGUUCUGUCUAUUCAAAUAUUCAGAAAUUCAUCCAAUUCCAGCUAACAGUCAAUGUUGCAGCCCUUGUAAUAAAUGUGGUUGCAGCAGUUUCAUCUGGCAAUGUACCCUUAAAUGCUGUGCAGCUUCUUUGGGUCAACCUCAUCAUGGACACACUUGGAGCGCUAGCAUUGGCAACCGAACCUCCAACAAACCGACUUAUGAACAGAUCCCCGGUUGGUCGAAGGGAGCCUCUCAUUACAAAUAUCAUGUGGAGAAAUUUAAUAAUACAGGCUCUUUAUCAAGUGGCUAUCCUCCUUGCUUUCAACUUUGGUGGCAGGAGUAUCCUGCAUAUGAAGGAUGAUACUCUAGAACAUGCAGAAAAAGUGAAGAAUACCUUUGUAUUUAAUACAUUUGUCCUAUGCCAGAUAUUCAAUGAGUUCAAUGCUCGAAAACCAGAUGAAAAGAAUGUUUUCCAUGGAGUCACAAAGAACCACCUCUUCAUGGGGAUAGUUGGAAUAACUGUUCUACUUCAGGUUUUGAUUAUCGAGUUCUUUGGACAUUUUACUUCAACCGUCAGGCUCAAUUGGAAGCUGUGGCUGAUUUCAAUUGCUAUAGCUUUUGUAAGUUGGCCUCUGGCUCUUUUUGGGAAGUUCAUCCCAGUUCCUCAGGUUCCUUCCAGGGAUAUUUUCAGACGCCGGAGGAAUCGACACUAAGGUCUGGUUUCAGGAUUCAAAAAUAUGGCUGGAUUUUGUAUCAUCAUAUUAUAUGUUUAUGAAACAAAUCAAGGCCACAAACAGCUUAUAUUUCCAGAAAAAAGAAUGCACUCCGCUUUACAUAUCUUUUCUUCAUCUUGCGGAUGAAAGGGCUGACAGGCAGCGAGAUAACCAUAUUUGAUAUGCAGCUGUUCAAAAUGUCGAUAUUUUUGCUAAACCGUAGUUGUCACGUUCUUGCAUCUUACAGUGAAGAGUAUAGCUCUGUUUAUAAUACGUAUAUUAAUUGAACAAAUGGUUCUACUUGGCUCUUAAGCUGGUGGAACUCCUUUGUACGGCGAGAUCUAAUAUAUCUCAUGGUCUAAUAUAUACAACAUAUAUUUCUUUUGC